AGCGAUCCUGGCCGGACGGGAGGAAAGUAUCUGCUCCGCUGAGGGGGGGAAAGGAGGAGCUGGAGACAGAUUGUGGGCCUGAGCUCAGGCGGGCAGGAGGCGACAGAGCUAUCAGCGGCUCCGCUCUGCUAUAUGAAAUAUGGGAGAUGACAGACCGUUUGUGUGCAAUGCCCCGGGCUGUGGACAGAGAUUUACAAAUGAGGACCACCUGGCAGUUCAUAAACACAAGCAUGAGAUGACAUUGAAAUUUGGCCCAGCCCGAACUGACUCAGUCAUCAUUGCAGAUCAAACUCCUACUCCAACUAGAUUCCUCAAGAACUGCGAGGAGGUGGGGCUCUUCAAUGAACUAGCCAGCUCCUUUGAGCAUGAAUUCAAGAAGGCUACAGAUGAAGAUGAGAAAAAGGGAGCUGCUGGGCCCCUGGACAUGUCUCUGCCUUCCACCCCAGACAUUAAAAUCAAAGAAGAGGAGCCAGUGGAAGUGGACUCAUCUCCACCUGACAGUCCUGCCUCCAGCCCCUGCUCCCCACCACUGAAGGAGAAGGAGGUUGCCCCAAAGCCUGUUGUGAUUUCUACCCCGACACCCACCAUCGUUCGUCCUGGCUCCCUGCCUCUCCACUUAGGCUAUGAUCCACUUCAUCCAACCCUUCCCUCCCCAACCUCUGUCAUCACACAGGCUCCACCAUCUAACAGGCAAAUGGGGUCUCCCACUGGCUCCCUCCCUCUCGUCAUGCAUCUUGCUAAUGGACAGACCAUGCCUAUGCUGCCAGGGCCUCCGGUACAGAUGCCUUCUGUUAUAUCGCUGGCCAGACCUGUGUCCAUGGUACCCAACAUUCCUGGUAUCCCUGGCCCACCAAUUAACAGCGGUGGUUCAAUUUCUCCCUCUGGCCAUCCCAUGCCAUCAGAAGCCAAGAUGAGACUGAAAGCUUCCCUUACCCACCAAAUCUCCUCCAUCAAUGGUGGCUGUGGAAUGGUGGUGGGCACUGCCAGCACUAUGGUGACAGCCCGUCCAGAGCAAAGCCAGAUCCUCAUCCAACACCCUGAUACCCCAUCCCCUGCCCAGCCACAGGUCUCUCCAGCCCAGCCCACCCCCAGUACCGGGGGACGCCGGCGGCGCACAGUGGAUGAAGAUCCAGAUGAACGCCGGCAGCGCUUUCUGGAGCGCAACCGCGCUGCAGCCUCUCGGUGCCGCCAAAAGCGGAAGUUGUGGGUGUCUUCGCUAGAGAAGAAGGCAGAGGAACUCACCUCCCAGAAUAUCCAGCUUAGUAAUGAAGUGACAUUACUACGCAAUGAGGUGGCCCAGUUGAAACAGCUACUCUUAGCUCAUAAAGACUGCCCAGUCACUGCACUACAAAAAAAGACUCAAGGCUAUUUAGAGAGCCCCAAGGAAAGCUCAGAGCCAACGGGUUCUCCAGCUCCCGUGAUUCAGCACAGCUCAGCAACAGCCCCUAGCAAUGGCCUCAGUGUCCGAUCUGCAGCUGAAGCUGUGGCCACCUCAGUCCUCACUCAGAUGGCCAGCCAAAGGACAGAACUGAGCAUGCCCAUGCAGCCGCAUGUGAUCAUGACCCCACAGUCCCAGUCUGCGGGCAGAUGAUGCCUCCCCUGGUGGAGAGCUCCCAGCCAGAGCUCGCCCGCCCAAGAGCCGAGAGAUGUCAUCCUGUCCCCUUCCAUCUGCCUUGGACAUAGCAACACGGGGGGCAAAAUUGUGUGUCGUGAGUAUGGACAGACAUGGGGCUUUUCUCUUAGCCACACAGUCGUGUAUGUUUGGUAUGUGCACUGGGGGGGGUCUCCCAGCUCCAGAGCCACAUAGAUCAUCCCCCAAGGGUAGGGUUUCUGAUGUACUUACAGCCAAAGGCCUACCCAGAUUGUCCGAGCAGUCACCCAUGCCCCAUGCACGUGUAU